AUGGCUCAACCACAACCAACAACCCGCCAGGCUUUUCGCCGAACGGAUGAUCAUACUCCUGGCACCCCUAAGGUGAAGCUUGUCACCGAAGCAAUCCCUCCCCUAUCCCUCACUGGGGUCCUGAUCAAGGUCCAUGCCGUGUCGCUCAAUUACAGAGACGCCAACAUUGCAAACGGUGGCAACCCUUGGCCGGUUGUACCACAUGGGAUCCCCUGCAAUGAUGCAGCGGGUGAGGUAGUCGCCGUUGGCGAGAGGGUGAAGCACCUGGCGAUUGGGGAUCGGGCAGCCCCAAUCGUAGACACGGAGAACAUCACCGGACGGGAAUCUACUCGGUCUUGGUUAGCAGCCGAUGAGGAUGGAGUACUGGCAGACUACAUCGUGUUCGAUGAGCACAAGCUAUGUAAACUGCCCACGUACCUCGACUGGGUCCAAGCGAGCCUUAUCCCUUGCGCCGGAGUGACCGCGUGGGCAGCGCUGAAGGAUAUGGAAAUUGGUCAAACUGUCUUGAUCCAAGGUACCGGCGGUGUGGCCAUGUUUGCGCUCAAAUUGGCGCGAGCUGCAGGCCUGAAGAACCCCGAGUGGCACGAGGAAGUUCUGAAGUUAACUGAAGGAGCCGGUGUCGACAUCGUUGUUGAAGUUGGUGGAUCCUCCACGCUGGUCAAGAGCAUGAAAUGUACACGACGUGGAGGAAUAGUUAGCCAGGUGGGAUAUCUCAGCAAGCAGAAUACCAGCGAAUUCUCAGAGCUUCUUUCUGUUCUCAUCGACCGGAGAGUUAUCCUAAGGGGAAUCAACGCUGGAUCUAAGCAGGAUCAGGACGAUCUUUGCGCUGCAUUGUCUGCCACCCAAAUUCAGUUCAAUGAUAUUAUCGACUCAGUCUACCCAUUUGAACAGGCCGAUGAGGCGAUUGAGUAUAUCUGGCAAGGAAAACAGGUUGGAAAACUGGUGCUUCGUCUAUAG